AUGGAAAUUGCUAAAACCAUCCUGGUGAUCCGUUUUCUUCAAGAGAUCUCUGAAGCAUGGAGGAUAGACUUUCCUAUUCCCGGCCACUCAAGGCAAGGAUCUCGGGUUGAAGCUUCGGCACGAGUGACGCGCCGUUGCGAGUCUAAAUGCGGGUCAGUACGUCUAAGUAAAAAUACUACUAACUAUGCUGUAUCUGACCACAAUAAGACUAUACCGCAAGCUGUACCUGUUGCAGAAACGACCGAUGUUACUGAAGAAUAUGAUCAAGCAGUUGGAGGCAGAUCAUGCAAGAUUAAUAAGGGGAAUCGGAAAUGUCAUGUAUUGCGAGAAUGUAAACAGAGAUACCGCUUCCGCUGCCAAACGAGACCAUGUGUACCAUGUAUGAGUGCAGGCAACUGUAAGGACUUUAUUACAGACAUUGCAGUUGCAAUGGGGAGCCUGCUCGUGCCGACGGGAAAGGGGCGGUGCUAUCUGCCCGGGUUCUUCAGGUGCUAUCUGCCCGGGUUCUUCAGGGCCUGUCUGGUGAUCGUUUCGCUGCUGAGCUGCUGGCUCUACUCUACCGGACGCCUUCAUCGCCUCCGGAGACUCGGAAGCAGCUCUCCCGCACAGCUGCUCAGGGACUUCCCCGUCAAGACCUUCCUCAAGUACUGGGAAGACCACGGAGGAAGUGCGGCAGCAGGAGCGGAAACGGGAGCAGAAACAGAAGCGGAAACGGGAGCUGGAGCAGAAGCAGAAGCAGGACGUCUUGCGGCAGGCUCUCCACCAGACUUCCACGACAAGAUGUUCACGCCCGUGCUGGAGGCGUUUCGGAAUCCGGACGGCCGGGAUGGGCGGAGGAAGAGCUUCAGGAGCGGCGACGUCCCUAAAGUCGUGGCCUACAUCGACAAGGCUUUUCUGAAGACGAAGUGGUUCGUAGCGCACGUCAGAGACAUCCAGGAAGGCCAUUGUCCGUUGCCUUGUACAAUCACGACGCAGCUGUCUGAGGUGGAGACCGCAGACGCCGUGUUCAUCCACAUGAAGAGCAUUCCGAGCCGAGAGAAGCUCCUCCGCGACCUGCGUCCCCGCGACCCGUCUCAGCCCUGGAUCAUGUUCGAGGCCGAGACCCACUUCAUCGCCUCCACCAAGUACAAAGUGAACUACCGGACCCUGAACGGCGUCUUCAACCGCACCAUGUACUACCGCCGUGACGCAGACAUCCUGUUCAACCACGGCUUCAUCGUGGGGCGAGGCGACGACGCCAGCCUCCUGCCGAGGCACUGGGUCCGGGAGCCCCUGGUGCACAGGGCGAACGUGACGGGGCGAAUCGCAGUGGCCUUCAUCUCCAACUGCAGAGCGCGCAGCAAUCGCCUUCUCUACAUCAACGAACUGCAGAAGUACACCACCGUCGACGUGUACGGCAGGUGCGGGAGGCUGAAGUGCGGGAAAUCGCGCUAUGCCGAGCACGAGUAUCGGGUGGACCAGGAUCCCUGUUUGCGAGCCGCGGCGGACAAGUACCUGUUCUACCUGGCCUUCGAGAACGCCAUUUGCGACGACUACGCCACGGAGAAGCUGUACAACCUGAUGUUCUACCCGCUGGUGCCCGUGGUGUUGGGAGGGGCCAACUACGACGACCUUCUUCCCCCCAACUCGUACAUCGACGCCAGGCAGUACGCGCCUUCGGAACUGGCCGAGAAAUUGCAGCAUUUGGCGGAGCACCCACAGGAAUACCAGACUUACCUAGAGUGGAGGAAAUACUACCAGCCUUCCACUGUGGGAAGCAGCCGUGUCCUCUGCGACCUGUGCACACGACUCUACGACCAAGCCUUCUACGAGGAGAACACAAUUGAAGAUUUUUACGACUGGUUUGUGACGAAAUCUCACUGCACCGCCUGGGUCGCUGCGAACGGCACGGGCCAACGGGUUGCCUAGAAGGGGACGGCGGGGUUCAUAGGCAGGCAUUACACACACUGAACGUGUACAUAUGUAUGUGUGUGU